AUGAACGAAGAUUCCGCGCUAGGGAGAAGGGAAAGGAAAAAGGCGCUGACCGCGCCGGCGCCUAACGUUGCCGGGGUUUUUGUAGCAAAGUGGAAGGGAUGGCACAGUAGGCUUCUAUUGAAGGAUGAAUCUGUCUCUGAGGAAAGGAAUCUGGCACAGGGAGCCCCCGGCUCCCUGCCUAUAUAUACACCUUUGACCCCUGUCCCCCGUCUUCUAUAUCGGAACCUGAGCCUCCACUGCUGCACCUCCGGUGAUCGGUACAAAUGGAGCGCACCUAAUCGGUGCGCCCCGUCUGGGCCGAGCAUCGGUCCGUCCACACAAACCAGGCCCACCAGCCGACCAGUGCCGGCCUUAAGCACAUGCAUAACAAGCCGCAUCCCGAGGCCCCUAACUGGCGAGCCGGUUCUCGAUGGUAGUGGUACGGGGUACCUCAAAGCACUGCUAAAGAUGGAAGCGUACCUGGGAGUGAUUUUCGUAAGCCACCAGUUUUGGUGUGCUUGCCGCCCCUGCGCCCGCGCUAAGGCCUUGAUGCCGGCUAUAAACUAUGGGGACCGGGAGAGAUGCUCCUUCUUUGGCUUUGCAUCUGCUCGUGGGAUUUCGCCGUAUCUGUCCGGAAAUUGCGAUGUAUGCUCUGCUGCGGAUGGCACCCGGCUGUUGUACAACCGUCCUAAGUGCUGGAACUUACUAAAGCAAAUCAACGAGGCGAACGUAUCGGAGGUCGCGAUAAGACCCUAG